ACCUAAAUUGGAAUUUCCUUUCGAGAACCCUCUUGCAGUGAUUCCCUCUGCAGAAGAAGCUCUCUGUCUGAACCCGCGAUCAAUUUCUGAUUCCGAACCUUAUUUUCUCCGAUCAGCGUUUUGAUCGGACGCCUGAAAACCCUAAUUCGAGCAUCAUAGAGGAGAAGGAAGAGGAGAUGGGGUUUAUACGGAGCAGCUUCUCGUUCAUCGCGGGCACCGUUUGCGGGAUCUACAUCGCCCAGAACUACAACGUCCCGAACAUCAAGAAGCUCGCGGAAUCCACCUUCUCAACGGCCAAGCAAGUGGAGGAGAAGUAUCGCAAGCCCAAGCCCAAUAGCAGGGACGAGAGUUGAUCGAGUUCCACCGGCUUCUCCAGCAAAAAAAAAGAAGAAGAAAAAAGGGUCUAAAUUUUCAUGUGAAUUUGAUACUUUUUUUCUUAUAGUGUUGUGGGUAAAGUGGACGAUUGGGAUCAUGGGUGAUUAGAAAGUCGCGAUCGGUCUUCUACGAUUUCAGUUGAUGGAAACUGAGAUUUUGUAUCUAGUUGCCAAAAUUCUCGGCCUGAUUUAUCAUUUUAAUGCACAGCGUUCUUCUGGGAU